AUGAAUCUUUACCUAAAUGUGCUGCACGAAAUAGAGGCAAUCCUUCAAAGGUGCAACGGAGACGUGUAUCAAAAGGUUCGAAAAAUAAACGAGUACAUUCGGAAGAACUACGGGGAAGAUCAGGAGGAGGUGGUCGCGCGGAAGAGAAGUACUGGUGCAAGGAAGAAAAGAGCCAAUUCGAGGAGGCGAGAUGAAAAAGACACGGGCGUGGCAAAAUUGACAACGAAGCAGACGGCCAAGCAAGUGGCCAAACUGACAACGAGGCAGACGGCAAAGCUUGCGACGAAGCAGGGCGAAAACGCGAACAGCAUAAAGAACUACUUCAAAGUAGUGAAGAGGGAAUCUCCCUCUCCAAACCCGCAUAAUGCAGACACGCACGCGGAAGAUGCCAAAACGGAAACAUCAUCCCAAAUGGAAAGAAAAAAAAACAAAAGCACCAUUCCACUAAUUAACACUUUUUUCUUCUAUGGAAAUUAUAACAUUAUAAUAAUCAUAUACUACAUAAUACAUAAAGUAAAGCUACAUAAUGAGGAGGAUAUUUUUUGGAGUGACAGCCACCAUGGGGGAAGCCCAAAUGGAGGUGACAAGGAUUUCAUAAUCCAUAGUAACAAAAACGUUACACACAUUAUGUGUCCUCAACUGAAGGACAACGACGUGAAAGGAUUGAACGAACUGGUGAAUGAAAUAAUAUCGUACAAGUUAAACUCCCUUCACAUAUUCAUUGUAGAGUCCUUUAACUCCCUGAAUCGUCAAUUUAGGAAAAUGUUCAUGGGAAAAAUUAGUAAAAGUAAAAAUAUCAUUUUCAUUCACAGCAGUGUUUGUUUGAAUGACAUUUCUUUAGCCAACUGUCUGUAUGUCCGAAUUCCCAAGCCAGACAAACUUUUAUUCAUUUCUCAUUUUUUACAUUUGUCUGAAGAUAAGUACAAUAUUGAUAUUUACGAUAAGGAGAGGAGGGACUACGUCGAAAAUAUGAUAAGCAGUUGCAACUACGACAUUCCCCUCAUCCUCACCAUGCUGUACUUUAUAAAAAUUAAUAACUUCCCAGAGUUGAAAAAAGUUAUUAAACUGAUUAUCAACACGAAUGUAAAAAAGCUAGUUUGUAUAAUACACAAAUGUGUUAUUUCUAAAAGUUCCCUUUUCUUGAUUAGAAAUAUUUUGUACUCUAUUUUGUAUACUUACAAUUUUGACAUGGACAAUUUCUUGACUCUCUUUUGCAAGCAAUUAAUUUCCUUCCAUAAAGACGAUGACAAUUAUAAGAAGGAGAUUUUCUCCUUGUUUUCAGAAUAUAGUUACUACUGUUCUUUACAUGAUAAUCAUAUUUGCUCCUUGGAGAGCCUCGCCUCCAAAGUGAUCCUCCUUGAACAGAAGUACAUCACCACUUUGAACCGUAGCUAUCCUGCUUCCGAGGAUAGGGACGAACUCAGUACUAGUUUUCAGUCCGAGCUCACGUCAGAGCAGCAACCCCAGGAAUGCACCUACACGAGCCCAACCCUGCCGGGGGAAGAUUCUCCUGCUAUUGCAAUCGCAAUAGAAAAUGCAACUCCUAAUUAG